UGGAACUAGUGAACUGGUUCAAAGGUAAAAUUCACGUCACGGUUUUGUUUAUACCCAGCGAAUUGAAAAACGGAAACAAUAACAAAAUAAAUUGCAUCCCAUGGAUACUCCAGAUUUAGUCACUAAAGAUUUCCAGGUAGCUGGCGUCUCAAGAAGUGGACGUGUGCGCAAAAAAUCAUCCAAACUUUUGGAUUUCGAGUCUCCGGAGGAAAUUGAGAGGAAAACAAAACGAAUUCAUGGCCAUACCAGGCAGCCGGCACGAUAUUUGGGCCGAGGUAGACCGCCAAAUGCAUUAAAAGAACGCGAGCAACAUCAACAUAUAACACUGGAAUUGGAUGCAGAUCUCUCUAUGGCAUAUGAUGAGCAAGAAUUGAGCAUUACCUCCGAAACGGAAAACAUACACACCACACACAAACACUCUGGAUCGGCACAUACACCUGCCCUGCUGAUGAACUCGGACGAAGAGUUGGAUACGCUGGUGCAGGAUCUAGUAGAGGGUGUAGAGGCGGAAGCCACCAACAACAAUGCGCGAGUACGGCAAAGCCUUUAUAUGCGCGAACAGUCGAACAAGCGGAAAGUGAUCAAAGAUGGCAAAAUAGUCGUUACCAAGACGCAAAGAAAGGACAAGGGUAAAUCUCGCUAUACUGCCUACAGUCUUUGGGCUCGAGAAGUGCGUAAGCGAGAUUUUCAGGAUAUGGACUUUUCCCAAGCUGCUCGCCGUCUCAGUGAGCUGUGGGCUAAUGUAUCCAACAAAGAGAAAAGUGCGUGGCGUCGAAAGGCCAAAAUUCAGGCCACCAAAGCACGAACGCGGGAACGUAAUGGACCAAAUGCCUUGGCCAGCAAUGGUACGACUACUACGGCUGCUGCCCCGGUAAUAACUCAUAUGACAAAUGAUAGCAAUAACUUUGUCAAUCGUGCAACAACAAGUCGUACCAAAAAAUUGGCGGCUGAUCGACGUCAACAUCCCUCCACAUUCAACUCCUCCUCCUCCGCCGCCGCCGCCAUACAGCCUGUAUCAGUAGGUGGAACUUCUACAGAUGAUGCUACAGUGAGUAGCAGCGGUCUUAUUACACCCAUCAAUACGAGACAAAGGCGCAGUGGCCGUGCGGCGACCCUAGCACCACGUCGUACAGUGGCUACUAACUCACCCACAACACUUAAUACUUCAGAUAGUAGUGCUGACAUGAAGGCAGCAACUAGCAGCAGCAGUAACCAACUAAAUCAGCCAUCACCACCGACCAGCAUUGAGGCAAUCGAUGCGGCGGCUCACCUUAAAUUGCUUGGCGAGAGUUUGACAGUUAUUGGAGAACGACUCAAAGAACAAAAUGGCCAUGUGUCCCUAUCGGGCAGUUUAUCCGUCCUGCUGGACAGCCUGUUAUGCUCUAUGGGGCCAUUGCUCUGUAUGACGACUCAGAUACCAGGACUCGAGAAUAAAGCUCAGUUGUCCACUAAUCUGGCGACAACGCUGGAUAAUAUAGCCUAUGUAAUGCCGGGUCUGUAGAAGAUUUUAAAGAAUUAUAUAAAAACUAUUUACUUAUGCUUCCACACGAAGAUUUAUGGGGGCCUAAAAUCCCUUUAAAGUACAAUGUAUGAAAAGAUUGCAAAAUAUUUAUAUUGUAAUUUCAAUCAGAAUAAGAUCAAUGUUAAGAAACAAGUAAAAUAGAAAACACUUUGAAACAUAA